AUUGCUGCUAUCAGUCUCGCGCUCACCGCCCGGCUGAGGAGGUGAAAGUUUCUCCCCAGGAAGAUAAACCGCAAAAGACAAUAUUGUGCAUGAUUUGCGCCUUUUCUUUGGCUUUUUCUUUCUUUCUUUUUUCCCUCUUUUUUUUUUUUUUUUUUUACAAAAUACAGAGGGGGAAAAGAAGAGUGAAGGAGCGAGGAGGCGAGCCUAAGAUAAAGGAGAGAGAAAAGAAAGGGCGAGGGGCUAGUGGAGAAGUGAGGAGGGGCGAGCUGCGCGAGGAGGAGAGAGGGUGAGCAGUAGCGGCUCCGGCGCUCACAUUCCUCUAUGCCACAAAUCCAGGAGGAAGUUUUUUUGGGGGGCUGAGAUGCUUCUUGCCUUUCCCCGGGCAACCUUGACGAGGGGCUCUCUCGGCAGAGACUGAGCUACAAGAAAGUGAGAGCCCGGCUGGAGGGGUCUGUGCGGCGGGCUCCGGAGCCCGCCUAGCUCCCGGCCCGCAGCUGUCCGGCUUCCCCGCGCUUGGCUAGGCAGGCGACCGGGUGUGCCGCUGCCGGCGGGCUAGGAUUUCUCGAGGUGGGUCGACUCCCCCUCCCUCUCUUUCUUCCUCCUCUUCCUCCGCCUCCCGUUCCUCCUCCUCCUCUUGAUUUUCCCUCCUCGGCAGGCGAGGGUGGGGGGGGCGGGGGAGGUCGGGGCUCGCCCGGAGCAGCCACGAUGCUCCUGGACGCCGGCCCCCAGUACCCCGCGAUCGGCGUGACCACCUUUGGCGCGUCCCGCCACCACUCGGCGGGCGACGUGGCCGAGCGCGACGUAGGCCUGGGCAUCAACCCGUUCGCCGACGGCAUGGGUGCCUUCAAGCUCAAUCCCAGCUCGCAUGAGCUGGCCUCGGCCGGCCAGACUGCCUUCACGUCUCAGGCACCCGGCUACGCGGCCGCCGCGGCCCUCGGCCAUCACCACCACCCGGGCCACGUUGGCUCCUAUUCGAGCGCAGCCUUCAACUCCACGCGGGACUUUCUGUUCCGCAAUCGGGGCUUUGGCGACGCGGCAGCGGCAGCCAGUGCUCAGCACAGCCUGUUCGCCGCCUCGGCGGGAGGCUUCGGGGGCCCACACGGUCACACGGACGCCGCGGGCCACCUCCUCUUCCCCGGGCUUCACGAGCAGGCAGCGGGUCACGCGUCGCCCAACGUGGUCAACGGGCAGAUGAGGCUCGGUUUCUCGGGGGACAUGUACCCGCGGCCGGAGCAGUAUGGCCAGGUGACCAGCCCGCGUUCGGAGCACUAUGCCGCGCCGCAGCUGCACGGCUACGGGCCCAUGAACGUGAACAUGGCCGCACACCACGGCGCCGGCGCCUUUUUCCGAUACAUGCGCCAACCCAUCAAGCAGGAGCUCAUCUGCAAGUGGAUCGAGCCGGAACAGCUGGCCAACCCCAAAAAGUCGUGCAACAAAACUUUCAGUACCAUGCACGAGCUGGUCACGCACGUCACCGUAGAGCACGUUGGCGGCCCAGAGCAGAGCAACCACAUCUGCUUCUGGGAGGAGUGUCCGCGCGAGGGCAAGCCCUUCAAAGCCAAAUACAAACUGGUCAACCACAUCCGCGUGCACACGGGCGAGAAGCCUUUCCCUUGCCCCUUUCCUGGCUGCGGCAAGGUCUUCGCUCGCUCUGAGAACUUAAAGAUCCACAAAAGGACGCACACAGGGGAGAAACCCUUCAAGUGCGAGUUUGAGGGCUGUGACCGGCGCUUUGCCAACAGCAGCGACCGCAAGAAGCACAUGCACGUGCACACGAGUGACAAGCCCUAUCUUUGCAAGAUGUGCGACAAGUCCUACACGCACCCCAGCUCCUUGCGCAAGCACAUGAAGGUCCAUGAAUCCUCCUCCCAGGGCUCGCAGCCUUCGCCGGCCGCCAGCUCGGGCUAUGAGUCCUCCACGCCGCCCACCAUCGUCUCUCCCUCCACAGACAACCCGACCACCAGCUCCCUGUCACCCUCCUCCUCGGCGGUCCACCACACAGCUGGCCACAGCGCGCUCUCUUCCAAUUUUAACGAAUGGUACGUGUAAACUCAGAAUCAACACACAGAAAAAACCCUAUUUAAGAGACUGAACACACGCCCACACACAAAAUAUUACUGAAAGAACCCUUCGAAUCAAAACAAUCCCCCACAGACCCCACAAUCCUAUUUUUUUUAAACCUUACAAUAGACCCAGAACUGAGUAAGAGAGAGGAAGCAUCAAACCUUUAAAAAAAAAAAAAAAAAAAAAGCUCCUUUCUUUUUCUUUUUUUGGCAAAGGCUUUGUACAAAGCUAAGGGGUCGGAUGGGGGUCUCAAGGAGGAGGAGGCGGCCACCUGACCAAAUGCCGCUCCCCCCUUCCCCCCAGGGCCAGUUUCUCGUCGGAACCAGAACAGGCUCUUUGGGGCUUCGGAUAUUUUUUUUCCUUGCUAUCCUGUAAAUACAGAAUUAUUAGCUUAAAACUGUACUGUUGGAUUCUGUAAAUAGUUAUAUCUCAGUUGGAGCGGGCGGGUGGGGUCGUGGCGUUGUGGUCUUUGCAUUGGGGGAGGGGGGAGGGGCCAGGGGUUGGGGGAGGGGAGGGGGUGGGCGGCCGAAAGCCAACUAUUUGUACUGAAUGGCAAGAAUGUUCUAGUAAAUGUGUACCAAAAUGUGAAUUACUUUGUACGAUUACAGUCUCCACGUCGACCUAACAGAAUAUUAUUGGUAUUAAUGUGCUUUUUUUUGUAUAAAGUGCAAACAUUUCGUCCCAAAGUCUAAGUACUUUAGUGCAGUAAAAUGUUGUUUCGCGUCCUGUCAAGAAUUCGUAUAGUAUGAGCCUGGAUCUGCGUGUCAAACUGUUCCAUUUGUUUAUGUAAAGUGAUAUUAAAAGAAAAAAAAAGAUAUAAACUAUAUCUGUCCGUUGCUUUUGGCAAAAUUUACAACCACAUACUGUAUAUAAUUCCUAGUUUCCAUAUUUAUCCGCAUGUAAAGGGCCGGUUUAUCCAUGUUACAGAUAUUCAAUAUUUAUGGCUAGAAGAACUCGUAUGUACACUUUAGUUUCCAGAACUGUUUGGUAACCUUUCGUACCUUAUUAAAGAUUCUUAAAUCUCAGUGAUUGUGGUAGGAAUUUCUUCUUCACCCCAGCAACCUGCUCCCUCUUCCUCCAGCCUUACUGGGUCUCCUGCAAAGCUCUCCAGCCUCCCUCGCCUGCCUUUUCUGUCAUCGCAGGUCGUAUAAAUGUGAUAAAUGAACGCUACCCUGCUGGCUUUCCGAGAGGGUGUAAUUAGUAUUUAUAUCAAAAUUUAUGAAACGAAUUUUCGGUCGCAGUAUAAUUUAAAUGACCUUUGCAGACGUAGAAUAACAACCAUAAAAAUAACAGAAAUAGAUUGCAUAGGCGACAUCAAUAUUAAUGUGGGCGAAUUGUCAGAAGCUCAGGGGUUCACUCUACAGCGGUGCAAAUGAACUUGCAGCUGAGGGUUCUGCUGUCCCCCAAAUUAAAUUCCCUGGGCUGAAACCAAGUUGCAGAUUUACAAUAUCAUAUUUUAAAUUGCUGUCUUCAAUUAAACCAUUUAUGGCCAUAACUAAUUUUCAAGAUGUUGAUGCAUGCUUUUCCAGGCCUUCCUUCUUUGUACAAAAGUAAACAUCCAUAAAGUGUUUUACUUAUAUUUCUUCAAACUUGAAGCUAAUUUAAAUUAAUUACAUCCUAUGAUAUGUUAUUAUUCCUAUCAUUUUGCCACUAUUAGUUCUCGCCACAAUAUAUCUAGGGAAGAGAAUUAUUUUAUGUAAUUUGAUUAUCUUUCUAUCUCUUUUAUUUAUUUCUCAUUUACUUAAGAAAUUCGUUCCAUUGACUGGCGUUGAUACAGUAAAUUUGUAAAUGAGGAGACAAUAUAAAAAAAUCUAAAUUACUUGUGCUUAAUGACUGUAGCAGAACGCCUUUUCUCUAAAUCAGAUUGUCUUUCUUGCAGUUUAGUUUGAUAGAUUUGCAAGCUAUGCUGCUCCCUCCAAGUUAGCUGUGCUGGUAGGGACUCUGGCUUCUUUGUCUCUGGUUGUAGCCUGCAUGAUCGCCCCAUUAGGCAGACUACUAGCCAGAGAUCACAAAUCAGUUCUUUGGCUGUAGUUGCAAGAGUGUGGAUGUGUAGAAGUGGGAAUGCAAAAACUGGCCUCACUGUGGGCAAGGAGGAACCUGGAACUGCUUUAAUGUACUAUGUGUGCUUAGGAAGUCACAUGCCAUAUUAACUUUGAGUAGGAAAACAAGAAUGAAAUCCUUCAAAAGUAUGAGAACUCCUUAAGACAUUCAUCUGUUUUAAAGCAAAUUAUUUUUUCAGGCAUGUAGUUGACCAAUGACAAAAUCAAGGUUUUAAAUUCUUUUUAAAACAUCCUUUGUUGACUUGGCCUUUCAUCUCUUGCUAUUUGUAUUUGUUAUUUUUAAUCAGUGGAUUCUUACUCACUAAGAAAUGGAUUUGCUGCAUUUUCUGCAGUACAUCGCAAAUGGUGAGCAUGAUGGUGCUUUAACUUUUUAAAAAAUGUUAUUCUGAUUAUAAGAGUAAAAUUAGUUUUUCAUGAAAAGAGCGCCACCUUGCAAGGUUUGAAGAGUUAAGGAAGUUAGAAACCACUGGCAUCUAAAAACAAAUUGCUGCUAACUCAAAAAUUUGUGAGAACAAAAGUUAGUCCCAAUUUGCUUUAAAGGCUUAAAAUUAAUCAACAUUGUAGUAUUUAAAAUAAAUUGUGACAUUAAGUCCAAUAAUCAAUACAAGUAGAAACAGGAACAAAAUAUAGCUGAUCUUUCUAGGAAAGAUAACACAUCAAUUAAUAAUUAUCCUAUACAUUAGAGAACUUGGUAUGCUUUAUUAUGAUAAUCAUCAUAAUAAUAGUACUUUUAUAACUUUGCCAGUAAACUUAGGAAGAUAGUAAGUGAAGAAAUCUUAAAUAUUCCUUGACCAUAAAAAAAGCAAUUUACUUCAGAUUUGGAAAUAUGUAUGUCUCAUUAUUAUUGUGGUCUGCCUGAUAAUCACAUUGGUAUUUUGUUUAAUAAUUAAAUACCACAAUAUGACAAGUAGGAUGUUUUAAAAUUUUUAAUUUUAGGGGAAAUGUUUACUUAAAAUUGAUUUUAUCUUUUAAAUAUUUUCUUUAGACUUUGAAGACCAAGUAAGUUUUAAAAACCCAUUUGAGGAGU